AUGCGAUCGAUGCCGUACCUUCCGCAUCAAAUGCGGGGAGAAGCCGUCCCACAACCUUCCAAUUCAUCUCCCGUCCAACAGCCACAAACGGACCACCAUGCUCGCAGUUCGCUCCAGCACGCCAUAACCAUGAUAAUUAUCGUCCACGACCUCUGCUCGUCUUCCGACCUUUUUUUUGGCUGGCCCGCAAUUCUGCACCCGUUGUGGAACGCCACGGUAACUAUUCUUGGAUUCGUUGUAGCGAACCCGUCCUCUUCGCGGUCACGGAGGGCAAUCCAGUGGAUCUUCAAGGCCUUGGCUGUAUUUGAGGCCUUCGCAGCAACCGAACCUUUCGCUGCUCGAGCUGAAACUCUCACGAAAUCACUUGUCACGAAACUGAAUGACAUAUUGACCACCCUGGAUGAAAAGUCGGAGCAGGAGCAGACAAACGACCGCGGCAGAAUUGCCCCGGGAUUGACACUGCAGCAAUCACCCGACUCUGUAACCUCAACUACUCCAUCAUCCGCGAACCCGGUUGAUAUGCUGAGGGGGUCUCUCGCGGGAGGGUUGGAGCACACUUUUGAUAAUACAUUUUUCACGGAUGACAGCCUUUGCUCGUCGAUUGAAGCAGCUGAGAUUAACACAUGGGCCGCCUAUCAAGAUCAUCUUGACAUAUGGAAUGGCAGCCACUCAGAUAAAGCUCUGGAUGCAACAUAUACACUGGGAAUAGGCAAUACUCCUUGA